AUGCAUUCAAUCACUGCUGGGUCUCUCUGGCCGGUUUUCAACAAGGUCUCUUGGAUUAACGCUGACAUAAAGUGUCGGUUAUUAGAAUGGAAAGGUCGCUCUGAUUUGACGUUGUACUGCCAAACAGGUUUGCCUCGCCCAAGGCCACAAGAAAUACUCAUAUACCAGCCUAGAUUCCCCUCUGGUUGGCCAGAAUUGUUUCGACGUGCUUGCGAUUACCAAGACGACGGCCAUUUGGCGAAGUUCAUUCGCGCAAUCGCAACUACUGCACAGAUAAGCAAACCUUUCGCAUCAAGGUCUCAUUUCGUCCUCAAGAGAGAGGACCAGUUCCUCAAAAUUGCCCACAUGGUUAUGGAUUCCGCAGAGCAAUUCAAUCGUGAAUCAGCCAAUUUAGAAACGGAAAUGAUCUGCAACAAAUACGAAUAUCCUCGUAUUUUAUCCCCGGAAAUUCAACGGGUGACUGCACGCUGGCCACGCCAUGUGGGGUUUGAAGAAGCCUGGUUUCAUGUCCCCGCUCGUAACUUCAAGACUUUAUCGCAGCUUUAG